CGGCUCUCCAGUCGCUGCCUGUAAGAGAUCGUGUUCACACGCUCCGGUUUACUUGUCGGUUUAUCGUGCAGAGGUUCACGUUCGCGACGAUCUUUUCGGCUUUACCUGUUGCUGCGGGUUCAAAUUUUGGAAACACCGUUCGAUCGUGCUGAUAGCUGAAACCCGAAAUACAAGCUGUCAGGCACUGAACCAUGGUUCGAGUGACGUGACAUAUAACGAAUUAUGCAAGUCUGGCUAGCGUUGUUUGAACUGAAGGCAUUUUUUUCUGGGGGAAUGACAGAUUUUUGUGCGAAAUAUUCGGUUUUGUUUCUGCUUAGUGAAGGGUAUUGAUCGAGUGAAUCAAGGUGGGAAUAACGAUAAGGUUAGUGCUAGACUUGCAGUUGUCCAGCGAAACAAAUACUCAUCAUCAAUACACACAGUUAUUGGGCUUGAUCUGAUUGUAUCUGGGAAAUGAUUACCAUGGAUGCUUCAGAAAUUGUUCUUAUAACAGGUGGCGCUGGUUUCCUCGGUCAACAUUUGGUCAAAACUCUUCAAGAGCGUGACUCAAAGGUUCGUGAAAUCCGCGUAGUCGAUCUGAAACCAUUCGAGAACACAAUUGGACACAUCAACGAGCACAAAGUAAUCUCGUACGUGGGUGACAUUUGUCAGCCGGCCGGUAUUGAGUCCGCCUUCGAGGGUGUCGAUUGCGUGUUUCACAUGGCAGCGUACAUCAACUUUGACUUUCCGCCCAACUACAAGGAGCUGCAGCGGGUCAACGUCGAUGGCACACAGACGGUAAUUGAUCUGUGUCGGAAGUACAACGUGCCUCGGUUGGUUUUUACCAGUGACUGUUUGAUCCAUAUGACCCCGUAUCUGGGCAGAGCCAAUUUCACAAUUGUUUGCAACCAAACCGAGCCGAAAACCAAAAUUCCCAGCAAGGAGAGUGAAUUUCAAAUCCCCGGUUAUGCCCCGUCCAAGCUUAAGGCAGAGAAUCUGGUUCUGGAAGCCAACGGAACAGCCUUGGCGAAUGGAGAGACGCUGAAAACAAUCGCAAUUCGACCGCCGAUAAUGUUCGGCGAGGGUGACCAACGAUUUGUGCCGACCAUCAUCCGGGUAGCGAUGCGCUUCGGCGGGGACAUUCCAAAGAUUGCCGGCCCGGGCGGAAAGCAGCAGCUGCUGUACGCGGGCAAUGCCGCGUGGGCUCACUACCGGGCGAAGGAGGCUCUUGCCAGCAGGCCGCAGGACAUCGCUGGCUACCCGGUGUUCGUUACGGACGAGUCCGGCAUCGAGGACACCACCCGGUUCUGUCAGCGCUUAUCCCGAGCUAAUGAAACACUUAAGCUCCGACCGUCCUGGUAUCAGAUCCCACUGUUUCUAUCCGUCUUUUUGGCUUUCCUGCUGGAGCUGCUGAUUAAAGCGCUUAAUCCGAUUGUGAAAAUUAAACUGAGUUUCCCUCCGUGUGGUCUGCUUUCGUAUAUGUCAUCGAUUUUGCUGUACAAUCGGAUCCGAGCGUCUAUCUAUCUGGAUUAUGAACCUAUUUAUAGUGAGGAGAAGGCAAUAUCUAAUGCGGCCCUGUGGUAUGAGAAGUGGUAUCAGGAUUACUGUCGGCAGCAUAAUCUGAAGAAGUUGAAAGUCAAAUUAACAGAGUAGAACAAUCCCCCUUCUCGGCUUGGAGGCGGACAGUUCGAUAAUUGAAAUUUGUUUUCUAGAAAUGUAAGCAUUUUCGCAGAUUUCCCAUCUGCUUGGAGCAUAGAAUAGUCGUUACUUUACCACUUCCUAACUUUACUCGGACAAAGCACUAUAAGCAACGCCGAUUGGUGCUAGCUUUUGUGGCGAAAAGGUGAAUAAAUAAAUGC